CAGAUUUGUCAACGGAAGUAGUUCUGUGUGUUAUUUCCGGAAAUUGAUCACAUGAACUGGCAAGAUGUUGGUGUUAGUACUCGGAGAUCUUCACCUUCCUCACCGAUGUCACAUGCUGCCGUCAAGGUUCAAGAAAUUACUUGUCCCUGGAAAGAUACAGCACAUCUUGUGUACAGGGAAUCUUUGUACAAAGGAGUCAUUUGACUAUCUCAAGACACUAGCCAGCGAUGUUCAUGUUGUGAGGGGUGAUUUUGAUGAUAAUCUUAAUUAUCCAGAGCAGAAGGUUGUAACAGUAGGACAAUUCCGUAUUGGUUUAUGUCACGGCCACCAGGUGGUGCCCUGGGGUGAUACAGAGAGCCUAUCAAUGGUUCAGCGACAACUCGAUGUUGAUAUCCUCAUCUCUGGUCACACUCACAAGUUUGAAGCAUUUGAGCAUGAAAACAAAUUCUACAUAAACCCUGGCUCAGCCACAGGAGCAUACCAUCCUACAGAAAGCAAUCCAGUACCAUCAUUUGUGAUCUUGGAUAUACAACAAUCAACGGUAGUAGCUUAUGUGUACAAAUACAUGAACAAUGAUGUCAAAGUGGAGAGAAUUGAGUACCGCAAAAACUGAAACCCUACCGAUAUCUACGUGUAUCACAGAAGGACCAGACCUGUUCAUAAAGGACACACUCGAUUCAAUACAUUAACACCACCUUUGACCUUGUGCGACAGCGUACUGGACAUAUAUGUAUGCUAUACAGAAUUUCAUCAGAUGAAGAUUUGAUUGUUUGUACAGUUUUGGUCAUUUUUUUGCGUGUCGCAUUGUCACCAUUUAGUUGUAGAGUUGUUGAUAUUUUGAAUCUUGUUUUCUCACUUUAAAAAGUGAUGUUUACUGUAAAUGUCGAGGAAAUCUGACAAAUUGUUUCAAAAUAAUUAAUAAACUCUAUUUCUCAUAUCUCUUUAUAAUAGAAUUUCUUACAUAAUAGUUAUUACUGAUUUGUAAAUGUGGUUCUCAAGGAAAUGUUUUACAUUUAUAUUCAAUCAGUGCUUUAAUACAUACAGCUGUACUAGUGGUUAGAAAUGUUUUUGGUAAGUAGCUUGUAUGUUUCGACUUUCAGGUCAUUCUUGUUGUAAAGACCAAGGUAAAUAGUUUUGUAAAUAAUUUAACCUGUUUACAUUAAAAAACACAACUGUGCAAAUGAUAUCGUUAAGAUAUAAACACUUUGGAUAUGUGAAACAAAUCCUGGGAUGUGUUCGGUACGUGAAAUUUUCUUAGAGAUUUCUAAUAGUUCCCCAGGUCAGAUAUGUAAUACACAGGUAUACUGUUAUGAUUUACUGUGAAGUGGGAAGUUUGACUCUAUAGAUAUAGAUCAAUUACAAUGUUAAAAUUCUAGUAUACUGGGCACAAUUAGAAAACCAAAUCUAUGUUUAUCUGUAAUUUAAAAACCUUACAGUAAAGGAAAGUUUUUUCUGGCUUAACACAAACAUGCUUAUUAUUAAGAUAUGAAAGUUCAACCUGCUGACCGGGUAUUAGUGCGGAGUAACGUUGGGGCUAGAAGGAAGAUCAGUCUGGUACAUGUAUUAAUGACUCUAGUGGUUGUUGUAAAAUAUUAAGUUAUAAUACUUAGAUGAAGGGAUUCAAACAGAAUUUGAUAGUGUAUAGCACAAUGUGGCAGCCUAAAAUAUGAAGAAGUUACAAAUACUGGAAACAUUUAUUUAGCUUUAAAAUAUACACAAUAUUUUGAUGCAUGAUGGAUUUUCAAUAUUAUACAAAUUCUAUAAUGUUUGGAAGGUGAGCUACAUGUAUGUGUUACUGAUUACAUCACAAUUUGUUUCCAGAUAGAAAAUAUCAAGAUAUUUUGAAAAAGGACUUUCAGAAAAAUCAAAAUUAAUUUGAAUACUAAUACAACAAGUGAUGAAAUAUGCAUGUUAUUUAAGAAAAACAUGAACUGCUAUCGUUUACGGACUAGUAAGUGAGAUGUGACAUGUGAUAUUACUGUAUCUAAUCUGCAAUAAGUCAAGGGGGUCAUCACAUUAUCUCCAAUCAAAUUUGGGGUUGGCAUUAUCACAGGACAAAGAAAUAUUGUUUGUUGGCAUUUCUGCUGAACUGCUACUGAUAUGGGUGGGCUUAUUACCAGGUAUGGGCUUAAUGCUGGAUAAAUACGGUACUGUCAGCUACUGUUACUGAUUCUGUUGUCAUUUUAAAGGUUUUGUAAUUCAUGUGUAGAUGUGUACAUGUGUUAUGUACUGUAUAUGUCUGUGAAUUAAUUUAUAUGUAUAAAAUUAGAAAAUAUGCACUUGAGAAAAUACAUAACCUGAUGUAAUA